CAUUUUGUUCCAUGUAAAUUUGUACUCGUGAUCGGAAGCGGUUUCGAUAUCAUCGAGAUUUUAGUAAUCGUUUGUAAUAUUUGUUUUGGUUUACGCGGUAAAUUUUUAAGCACUCGGUGAUUUGAUUAAUUAAUAUGAAGAAACGUUCCUCAGUCGCCUGGCGAUUCUUUGAUCGCCUAGAAGAGAAUAAAAGAGUUGUUGGAGUGCUGUGUAAAUUAUGUGAUCAACAGUACAAGUAUUUCGGAAACACUACCAAUAUGAGAACCCAUUUGACUGGUAAACAUCCUUUGCAAUGGGAGCUCGUACAAAACGGGACGCUGGAUGAAUCUACACUGCGUUUCACAGAGGAUACAGAAGACUCGACUAUUUCCGUCCAACCUAGACGAAAGUACAAGGAUAAAAAUGUACGUUAUUCAGUGUCAGUUAACGUUAAAAACGAUUCUAACAUCACUGGAGAAGAUUCAAUGCCCCAUAUCGAAAUACAAACGGUAGAUUCAUUAGAAAAUGAAUCGGAUAUAGAUCAUCAAGAAGUCAACGAAGCUGGCAUACACUUAGUGAGGCAAAUGCGAGACAGCAGGGCCACCGAUGAGGAGUGGCUCGAAGAGGAAACAUACCAAACCGUUGAACCUACCAUAAAACGCAAAAAGUUGCCUUUUAAACGGAUCAAAAGAGAAAUAGAGUCUCCACCUCCACGCUUGUCAUAUAAACCCAAACCGCAAUUACAAUAUGAACCGGAGCAAAUAGUUUACCAAGUACCUCGAAAGGAUGAAUAUACUGUUUUUGGUGAAUAUGUUGCUAAUAAAUUAAGGAAAGUCAAAUUACCGAAGACCAGAGGGAAUUUGCAGCAGCUUAUAACGACAAUACUCUGGCAGGCUGAGUAUGGGAUGUACGACAGUGCGGAGGCUGUAAAACGAGUAUUGAAUUACAACAUUGAGGAUAAGCAUGACGAUACCAUGGUUGUUAUUGAACAAGCACCUCAAAGUACAGAUAUUGGGGAAGAAUAUACAGUGACAGACACCAAUUGAAUAGAAUAAGUUAAUGAUAAAUAUGAUA